AGAUAAGAUAAGAAACACAAAACGAUGUCAUUUUUAUUAAUUUUAGAUACUCAAUUUACUUUUAUUACGAAUAAAUAUCAUAAAAAAAUUUGAAUGAAUAUCAUAAACAAAAUCCAAACAUCGCGAGUGACAUUUAGUAUGAUUUCAAGAACUAAUCUUUUUUUUUAAAUACUUCCACAUAUGUUUCCCAACCCUAUUAAAUGUCAAAUUUUAUGUAGACGCCAUAAUUGUUUACUAAUGCUCAUCUCAAAUGUCAAUAAAAAUAAAUAAAUAUUUUAUUUACCAUUUGCAAAGAGUAUUAAAACCGUUGCAAUCAUACAAUAUUUGGACGUGACUAUUUGUGUGAUAUUGAUAAAAAAUCAUAUGAUAUGAUUGUAAACAAAGGAAUACGUACGAAAGACGGACCAUGCUAACAAGUUAUUAAGCUACUACAUUUCUUAUCUUACGUAUGCAGAUUGUAUUAUUUUAUUAAAUUACAAAUUUUGUGAGUAUCCUCAAUUAUGGAGGGGCCUGGAAUGAGCUUAUUUCAAGGAGCAGCCAGCAUUCACAUAAAUAACAGUGCUCAAGAUAGACUUGAGGAGCAAGAGGAACUAGAAGAUCAAAAGAGACGCAACGAAGAGUUAAAACACAAGCUGGCAAAUGCAUUUGAUGACCUCUUAGAUGAUGACGAAGCUAGCUCUGUGAAUAGCAGUGGCAAUUUUACUUUGGAUGCAGGACAAAAUGGUGUUCGACAACAUACUCGAAGUGGUCUACCUCCGACUUAUGUUGAAUCAUUACAUCAUUUGAAGGAGCAGGAUACUCCUAAGGCAUACUGUGAGACUCCUAAGAGUAAUCCUCAUAUGAGACAACAAGAGGAACCGCUCAAACUACCUUUUAGUCCAUAUGGAGCUGGUGAUGCGCAGAAUCAUUAUUUUCAGCAUGAAUCGAGAGGACAUCUUAAUGGCGUCAACAAUUUUGAUGCCAGACAAGAGCAAAUGAAUAGUCAACAGUUGAAAGUAAUGUACGAGAUGCGUGUGAAGGAAUGUCAGCAGUUGGCUGAUCAGAUGCAGAAGUUUGACGCAGAGGUGGACAGUUUGCGGGCGCGUCUCACCGCCGCCAUCAAUGACAGAGAUAAAGCGGAACUUUCCUUACAGGAAGCUCAUCAUUUACUUGCAUCAACCAAGCACAAAUUGAUAGAGUUGGAACAACAAGUGACAUCACUCACAGAUAAACUGAUUGAGAGUGACCAAGAGAAGGAUCAGCUCAAAAUGGAACUGCGCUCCGCCAACAUCAGCCUUCAGGACGUCCAGCAAAGGUUGCAUACUGUUCAGGUUGCUCAUACACACGAUACAGAUGCGCUUUUUAGAGAACAACAGGACAGACAUAGAGAGGAGGUAGACAGAUUACAGAAUGAUUUAUUGAAAGUAAAAAACAGACUAGAGGAUAAAGUGGAGGAUAUCAAAGUCUUAGAGAGACGAUGUAAGGACAUCGAGAGGGAGAAAGAAGAAAUAGUGGUGGAGAAGAGUGCUCUAGUGAAUCGUUUAGUGAACGAACUGGAAUCAGCACAGAAGAAACUUGUGAGCGGUGAAACUGCUAAACUCAAGGAGAAAGUGUCACAGUUGACCGUUGAAAGGAACACAGCUAAGGAACAAGUCAAGGAGUUGGGGUCAAAAUUAGAAAUCACCGCACACGAACUGGUACUAUGUAGAAAUAAAUUGUCCAACGUACAAAAGGAGUAUGACAAUUGGAGAACAACGCUACAUCAGAUGUUGGCUGAAGUAUUACCUGAUGGUGCUUAUAUGGGAGAAUCUCCAUCUCCUGGCAAAUUGACGACGCUCAAGGAAAUAUUAAGUAGAUAUAGAACACAAACACAGAAAUUGACGACAUUACAAGAAGAAAUAUCAAAACGUGAUAAAAAACUGGAGCUCCAUCGUAAACAAGAGUCGGAACUUCGCUCCAGGAUUGAGGAACAGAAGGGUGUAGAGUUACAGCUGAACUCUAAGCUGGCCGUUCUCCAGAACAAGCUGGAACUGCUCGGCAGUAAUACGGACAGUGAACUGCUGGAGAGUUACAAGUUGCAGAACGAUCGACUACAGGAACAGUUGGAAGAGAUCAGAAGUGAUAAUAAAAAGUUGGAGUUGAAAUACACAGAGUUAGAGAUGGACUAUGAUAAGUUGAAGAGUGAGAAGGGCAGUAGGGCUUCUAUGGCACAGGAAGCCAACGCUAGCCUCCUGCGGGAGCUGGAACGAUGCGGGGACAAACUGAAGGACACGCUUAGGGAGAACGGGGAGUUGAAGAACUUAUACUUGCAGGCAUGCAGUUCCCGGGAUAGUAUCACAAGGGAAUUUAAAGAGUUGCAAAGUAAAAUCAAUACAGAGAAGGAAAUGUUCAAAUCUCAAGAGAAAGAGUACAUACAACGAAUAGAGAGUGAGAAGCAAAAUAUGGAGAAAUUGAAACUCGAAUUGACUAAUACUAAAGCAGAAUUAGAGAUGGCCAACAAGAGGAUAUCUGAGUUGCAGAAAGAUUUUAAUGACAAGCAAAUAGAGUUCAGAGAUAAGCUCGACAAAUAUCUGGAAGAGGAGAAAAAAUCGUUGAGGAAAGACAUUGAGGCGUGCACUCAAUGUGAGAAGUAUGUGAAGCGCAUACGACAGUUAGAUGAACAAUUGAGUAAAUUCAGCGUCAAGUUGGCAACUCAGGAGAGCAACGAAGAGUUAAUGAAAGAGCUUAGGGGCAAAGCGGAAUUCUUCCAACAGUACAUAAUGGAGAGAUUCAACAAGUUGCGGGAACAACGCACCGUCGGCACUAACACGUCGGCACCUCCCUCUCACACGCAGUCGCCGUCUCGCUCCCCCAUCCCCACCACAGACGCGAGCAUCGAUCAACUGGUCCAGGACUGUGAUGACGCACUCGCUGCUAAGGUAUUGGUCCACUACUCACAUAGAUGUAAGCUAAAAGAUAGAUCAGAUUGUAUCUGCAGUCCAAGAGUAGAAGAAACUGUCCUACACCUAUGUAAUUUACAAAUGCCCCAAACACCAAUUGACAAGAAUAGACCUACUGCUUUAAUGCUGAAAGAGAAAGCUAUACGAGAUCACAUAGCAGAGAAGUUCACAUUAGAAAUGAAGACAAUGGAAAUGAAUUGUGCUCGACGUAUAAAAGAGAUGGAGAAUGACCAUCUCGGUGCUAUCAGUAAAUUGAAGGAGUUGCUCGAGAGGAAAGCUCAAGAGGUGGAGACUUUGAAGACUUUUAUACUCUCCGAGAGGGCUAAAGUGACUCAGAUAUUAGAAUCUAAGGAGAAUGAAAUAUCUGUACUUAUAAAGGAACAUAAUGAAUUGCAAGCGGAGUGUCAGAAGGCUAAUGACAGUGUGGUCGAGUGGCGUUUGAAAGCUGAGAGAUAUAAAGAGAGGAUGUCACGCUUGAGUUCACUCGAAGAUUUGAUAAAAAAUGAGAGGGAAAGGAAUUCUACGUGCGCGAAAGAAUGUCAAGCGGUCAAGAGUAAAAUGGUGGAAUUGCAAACGAAGUGCGCACAAUUGGAGCGUAAAUAUGAGAGGUUGCAGUCCGAAUAUGCGAGCUUACAAGACAAAUAUAGGAGUGUCAAGAAAACUGUUCUUACUUAUAAGGACUACAUGUCGAAGAAGGACGCGCACAUAAGCAACGAGAUGAACCGAAUACAAGACGAAUAUCGAAAGAUCUUUAUAAAACUACAGAACCAGAUAAAUUAUCAUGUCAACUGUAGAAUACAAGAGGAGAGGAGCAACGGCAAACAAACUGAAGCUCAGCAAUAUCAACAGGGUGAUUAUACUGAAAAAUUGAAGAAACUAAACGAAGACUUCGCACUUUUAGCUCAAUCUCGUUUCAAGGAGACGCCUGAUAACUGAUGACAUCACAAUGCGCGAUUUUAACGCGUAUAACAGAAUGAUCUCCGUCCAACGGUUUGGACAAUAAUUAUUUUACUAUUAGAAGUAAUUUGAUGCAUCGAAUACGAAGGA